AUGACAGGAGCAGCGCCACAGUCGAACGAAAGAAUUGUAAAGCACAGUAUACGGAACUCGCAAGUUAUGUACAGUAUUGGGGAUGGAGUUAAUGCGUAUUGGGUGUUUGAGUGCUUCGCCUACAUUGGCGGCGAUAACGAGGGGAAUACGGCCGCGCAAGUCAUGAGCUGGAUGGGCAAAGCCUACGACAUUGCUCUUCCGGGGUCUCGACCGCCUGCUCAUAAGCAGGCCGGGUGGGAGGCGGCGUUCUGGGCAAGUCGGCAGGUUGUGACGAUUUCAGCUUUGGGACAGUCAACAAACGGUCUGAUAUUGGGCAACAAUGGCGGCAAUGCCAUAUUUUGGUCUGGCUAG